AUGCGGUAUAACACAGGCCUGCUGCUGCCGGCGUUAUUGGCACUCGCGCCCUCUAUCGCCGCAAAGAAAGAUGCGCCGCUCGUCGAGACGACCCCGUUCAAGAACGAGCUCGUAAACAUCCUCUACUUCGACGAUUCCAAGGUCGCGUUAUUACAAGAACUCGAAAGCGGGAGGAUAUGGAGAUCAGAAGAUGCCGGAAAAGGGUGGAAGCAGGAGAAGGAAAUGAACGGAAACGGCAUUCUCAAGAAUCCGUACGACAACAAGGUUGCCACAGUCUUGGGCGAGACAAAACAUUGGAUUACAUAUGAUCAGGGGGAGACUUGGUCCUCCUUCAAGACUGAGCUUCCACCUUCGCCAGAAGCACCUCUGAGCUGGCAUGCGACAGAUAACAAGAAGAUCUUGGUCAAUGAGAUUGACAACUGCUUCACUGCGCCGUGUCUCGGACGUACAUACUACACCACCGAUGGCUUCAAGUCAGAGCCGAAGCUGCUCAUCGAGGACCGCCGCAUGUGUCAAUGGGCGAAAGGAUCUGAGAGAUUCCUUAUGGACAGCGAUAAGCACGACGACCGCAUUCUGUGCAUCACGAGAGGCAAAUACUCGGAUAGGACGAAGGACUUUAGGUUACUGACGUCUGACAACUAUUUUAAAGAUUCCGAUGAGCCUGUUAUGUCCUCAGGACGUACCGUACAAGGCAUGGCGAAUAUGGCAGCUGUGAAAGGCUACAUCGUUGCUGCUGCGAAGGCCGAUCACUCAAGCGAACUUACCCUCUACGUCACGACCGAUACCGAUACCUGGCAUCAUGCUGAGUUUGGCGAUCAUAAGGUCGAGCAAGACGCAUACACAAUACUCGAAUCGACAAACUACAGCAUUCAGGUCGACGUUAUGACAUCGAAGUACACCGCGAUGGGCACACUGUACACGAGUAAUUCGAACGGCACAUACUUCACGAAGAACGUCGAACACAUGAACCGCAAUGAGCGAGGUUUCGUAGACUUCGAGAAGAUCGCCAACAUUCAAGGUGUGGUCAUGGUCAACGUCGUCGAAAACUGGGAGGAUUACGAGAAGAAGGGCUCACCGAAGAAGCUAAAGUCGAAGAUCAGCUUCGACGACGGAAGAACCUUUGAGAAGCUGGAGGUCAAGGGCAAGGACAAGGAGCUACACCUCCACUCCGUUACAAACCUUCACAAUAGCGGCCGCGUCUUCUCCAGCCUAGCUCCUGGUAUGGUCAUGGGCGUUGGCAACACCGGAGACCAGCUGGGCAAGUACACCGACGGCGAUCUAUACGUCUCAGACGAUGCUGGUCUUACCUGGGAAUUGGCUCUCGAGGAAGCGCACAAGUACGAGUUUGGUGACCAAGGAUCAAUCCUGGUAGCCGUCUACGACAAAGGGGACACCGACAAGGUCAUGUACUCUCUCAAGCAUGGACGUAAGAACACCUGGAAAGAGAUCGACAUUGGCUAUAAGUUCCGCGCUCGCGAGCUUACCACUCUUCCUGACUCGACAAGUCAGAAGUUUAUGCUCUAUGUAUCCAAGAAGAAGGACGGCGGCGGUCGUGAGCAUGUCAUUAUCCAUCUCGACUUCUCCGAACUCCACGAACGAAAAUGUGGAGACAAGGACUUCGAGGAGUGGUCAGUUCGCAAGGAGGACGAUGGAAAGCCAAGCUGCAUCAUGGGUCACAAGCAACUAUUUAAGAGACGCAAGUGGGAUGCCGAUUGCUUUGUUUCUGAGCCGUUCAAGGAUCCGACGCCACACUUCGAGCCCUGCGAAUGCGACGCUGUCAGAGACUACGAAUGCGACGUCAACUUCACACCCAGCGGCGAGGGCAAGGACAAGAAGUGCGAACCCUCUGAUCAGGUGAGACUGCCAAAGGGUGCUUGCGAUGGCGACGCCAAGACGUACAGGGGUAGCUCAGGUUGGAGGAAGAUUCCCGGCAAUCAGUGCAAGGGCGAGACCGAGCGCGACAAGGAGGUUGAAAGGCCCUGCGAUGGUGCGGAGAGACCACCGCCGAAGAGCGACAAGAUUACCAGCGAGAUCACCAAGUUCAAGGGCAGCAAUUUCAUGGAGCACUACUAUCUGGAACGCGAUACGCAGAACAGCGACGAUAGCGACAACGCUCGGGAUCGCGACGAGACCAUCGUCCUAUUGACAUCCGAGCGCGAGGCUUACAUUACCCACGACCAUGGCAAGAAGUGGAAGAAGGCUGUUGAGGAUGAGAUCGUACGAAUCUACCCUCACACCUAUGAGAACAAUUACGUAUACUUCCUGACUGCUUCAAAAAAGGUCUACUACUCGGAAGACCGUGGCCUGAAGGACAGCAUUCACAGUUUCGAGGCCCCUGUCAUGCCGAACACGCAAAUGCUUCAGAUCUUGCAAUUUCACCCGAAGCAGAAGGGCUGGCUCAUCUGGCUCGGUGGCGAGCACUGCGAGAAGUUAGGCGACAAGGAUUGCCACACCGUCUCAUAUGUCUCGCAAAAGAACGGUGUCUCUGGAAGCUGGGAGGCUAUGCUUCCCUACGUGAAGAAGUGUGCCUUUGUCUGGCGCGAAGCAGGUCGCGACGUCAAGGAAGAGCAAGUUUUCUGCGAACAGUACACCAAGGAGGAGAUGGGCGCUCCCGUAGAGCUCAUCUCGAGUGAUGACUGGUUCAAGAAGAAGGACAUUAAGUUCAAAUCGGUUGUCGAGUUCGCAACCAUGUCCGAGUUCAUCGUCAUCGCCACCAAGGGCAAGGAUGGGAAGUCCUUAGAGUUGUCCGCCAGUCUUGACGCCAACACUUUUGCUGAAGCCAAGUUCCCUCCCAAGUUCAACGUCGACCACCAGACGGCAUACACUGUGCUUGACAGCUCGACUCACGCCAUCUUCUUGCAUGUCACGGUCAACCCUCGUCCAGACCAGGAGUACGGUUCCAUCAUCAAGAGCAACAGCAACGGUACAUCUUAUGUUAUGAGCUUGAACGGCGUGAAUCGCAACACUGAGGGUUACGUCGACUUCGAGAAAAUGCAGGGCUUGGAAGGUGUCGCACUUGCUAACAUAGUUGCCAAUAUCAACGAGGUCAACAACGGCGCCAAAAAGAGGAGGCAGACUCGCAUCACCCACAAUGAUGGCGCAGAGUGGGCACCACUUGAGGCUCCAGAGAAGGAUUCAGACGGCAAGAGCUACUCUUGCGAUGUCUCAAACCCUGAGAAGUGUGGUCUGCACAUCCAUGGAUACACAGAGCGCUCAGACCCCCGCGAGACAUACUCUUCUCCUACAGCUGUUGGUCUCAUGCUCGGUGUGGGUAAUGUCGGCUUAGAGCUUGGUACUCUUGGUGAGGCCAGCACGUUCAUGACCACUGACGCUGGUAUCACGUGGAAGGAGAUCAAGAAGGGUGCCUACGCCUGGGAGUUUGGCGACCAAGGUUCGGUCAUUGUCAUUGUCCGCCGUGGCGAAGACACCGAUCAUCUGUACUACUCACUCGACAGUGGCGACAAGUGGAAUCUCUACAAAUUCGCCGAGCACGCUUUUCGUGUGGACGCCAUCACCACAGUUCCCAGCGACACCUCGCUCAACUUCCUUCUGUGGGGCAAAGAUGGAAAGGAGCUUGUCGCCGUCAACGUUGACUUCUCUGGCCUAGAAGAGUUCUCGAAGAAGUGCAACCUAGAUGAGAAGAACCCCGGAAGCGGCGACUACGACCUCUGGACGCCCCAGCACCCCAUGCAGGACGACCAGCAGUGCCUGUUUGGUCACGUAGCAGAAUACCACCGCAAGAAGCGUGAUGCUAAGUGCAGAAACGGCGAGCGCAUCGAUCAUAUGCACGACAUUCAACGCAACUGCACCUGCACACGCCGCGAUUUCGAGUGUGCGUACAACUACGAGCGCCAACCGGGCGGUGAAUGUAUUCUCAUCCCCGGCCUUACGCUCGAAGACCCCAAGGCCGUCUGCUCAAAGGGUGCAACCGAAUACUGGGACAACAGCGCGUAUCGCAAGAUUCCUCUGUCCACUUGCGAGGGUGGCCAGGAAUUCGACCAUGCCGGCACGCCGCACCCUUGUCCUGGCUUCGAGGAGGAGUUCGAGAAGAAGCACGGUAUCGGUGGCUUUGCACUCUUUCUCGCUAUUGUUCUGCCGUUUGCAGCGGCUGGUGGUAUUGGAUACUAUGUCUGGAGGAACUGGAGCGGCAUGGGCAAGUUUGGGACCAUUCGCCUUGGUGACUCUGGGAGUGGCUUCGACUCAGAUGCACCAUGGAUCAAAUAUCCCGUUGCUGCAGUAUCAGGACUGGUCGCUGUUAUCGCUGCUAUUCCUAUGCUUGUUGGUAGUUUGUGGAGGAUGGUAUCUGGUGGCAGAGGUGGUGGAGGCUACGGUAGUCGUACCUACACGAGCAGAAGCUCCUUUGCAAGAGGCAGGGGUGACUACGCAGUCGUCGACCCCGACGAGGGCGAGCUGUUGGGCGACGAGAGUGAUGAGGAAGUGUAG